CGAAGGCGGGACGCGUGACGUAGCCCGGCUGGAGCUCGAGCUGUUUAUUGUUCCUUCCCGUCGACGAGAGAAAAGGGCUGGCUUAGCGGAGGCAUAUAUCACACACACACACACACACACUUUCCCUGCGGUUUUAGCUUCAAGGAGCCAUUUUAGUAAGGCCAAGACAGGUUGAUACAGGACCGGUUGGCCAUGGCGUACGCGUAUCUCUUCAAAUACAUCAUAAUCGGAGACACGGGUGUGGGGAAGUCGUGCCUAUUAUUACAGUUUACAGAUAAGCGCUUUCAGCCAGUGCAUGAUCUCACUAUCGGUGUUGAAUUUGGAGCACGAAUGAUCACUAUAGAUGGCAAACAGAUAAAACUUCAGAUCUGGGAUACGGCCGGACAGGAGUCCUUCCGCUCAAUCACCAGGUCCUACUACAGAGGUGCAGCUGGGGCUCUGCUAGUUUAUGACAUCACAAGAAGGGACACCUUUAACCACUUGACAACCUGGUUAGAAGAUGCUCGUCAACAUUCCAACUCUAACAUGGUCAUCAUGCUCAUCGGAAAUAAAAGUGAUUUGGAGUCACGGAGAGAGGUGAAGAAAGAGGAAGGCGAGGCCUUUGCCAGAGAACACGGACUGAUCUUCAUGGAAACUUCUGCAAAGACUGCAUCAAACGUAGAAGAGGCAUUUAUCAACACGGCCAAGGAAAUUUAUGAAAAGAUCCAGGAGGGAGUCUUUGAUAUAAACAACGAGGCUAACGGCAUCAAGAUUGGACCGCAGCAUGCUGCCACCAACUCCACGAUGGGCGGCAGUCAGGGAGGACAGCAAGCCGGAGGGGGCUGUUGCUGAGCACUACCCUUUACCCUCCAGUCACUUCCACGUCCCCCUCUGCCCCUUACGUUUCUACUGGACUGGUCGGACUCACUAACAUUUUCUUAACCUCCCACAGCCCAGGCCCCGGAUUCAAAUCAUAUGUUAGAUGGCUGUCCAAAACGAUACAACAAAAAAAUAUUUAUAAAGUCCAGGUCCUCUUCAAACCUCCUGACAAACUCCUGAAGCCUGUUUGGGCUACAGCAGACAUUAUAUGGUUACUAGUAAAGAAAAAGACAGGAGCUUUGGAGUUAUUAUGGUAAAUAUAUUCAUGUUUGUUUCUCAGCAAGUUGUCUUUUUUUGUUUUGUUUUGCCCAUUUGACUUCAAGCUGAACUGUAUUAAACACUACAAAUUCAUCUAUAGUAUUUUAAUCAGUUUAUGUGGGUGAAUUCAUUGAAAACUGUGGUAAACCCUGAAGUCAAAAUAAAAGGAACGUAGAGCUGGUCUAAAAAAGGAACCGCUGUUAUCAAAGUGAAGAAGUUAAAAGAAGAAAAAAGCAGGACUGUUUUAAAUCUGUAUUUAUCAUUCACAUUCUGUAUAUAUAGUUAUCAUUUCUUGCUUUGGUGUAUGUUGACCGAGCUAGAAUUCUGUACUGAAUUUGCUUAAAUUCUAUACUGUAUGUAUAGAGCUUGAAACUGCAGCAGUAUUGCGAUAUUUCCAAAAACGCUUUGACACCAUUUUAAGGUAAUAUUUUACUUCAUUUAUUUUAGUUUGGUCCUGCCAUCUGCCUUGACUCCUCGUAUCCGUGCCCCCAAUCCUCCUCACUGUAAAGAAACUCUGGCUCUAUAUUCCUAUUUUAAUGCCAAAUUUGUGUUUACCUGUGUUCUAAAAUCAUGGCUCCAGAUAUGGAUCACAUCUCCAGAACUAGAUCUGCUGUUUGCCUUAAAAGAUUUUGGGACUUCAAAAAAAA